UUCCUGUCUACCUGUUUCCUGUUAAAGAUGGCGGCGACCUUGUGUAUGAAGUUACUACCGAAACAGGGAUGGCUUCCAUUGACUCAAAGUGUUCGCCAUGGCUCCAAAGCUGUGACUCGACACAGGAAACCGAUGCAUUUUAUAAAACAAAAGCUAAUGGCUGUUACAGAGUACAUUCCUCCUCCAAGGCCUGUUCCUCCAGGUGCUUAUCCAUCCCAGAAAAAGAGAGUCGAGGAGAAGUCUCCCUUAUUUUUGAUCAAGAAGAGAGAUGUGCAAAAAGUAUUCCAGGACUGUAAGAUGAUCGCUGUGGCCCAAAACAGCGCCUGCAAUGCUGAAGACAUGAUGCUUCUGAGACACAGGCUUUAUAAACAUGGCAUCACUGUCAGAUUCUUCCCCAAUGAGGUGGUGCGGUCGUUUCUGAAUAACGGCAUUUACAGCAACAUGGCUCCUCUGUUCAUCGGUCCAACGGUUCUGAUUGUUAGUGCUGAACCGAAAGUGAAAGAGAUGCUGAAGAUUCUGAGAGCCAGCCCACAGAUAACGCUCCUUGGAGCCUGUAUAGAAAACACGCUGCUGAGCGCUAACGGGGUUCAGAGUUACUCUAAACUCCCGUCGAUGAUUACGGCACAGGGUGAGCUGGUUAGCGGGCUCACAAUGAUGACAUCACACACGGCUGCCAUGCUGCAGCGUCACCCGACCCACCUCUCGGCCCUGCUACAGCAGUACAUCAAACAGGAGAGCACAGAUGCUGGCACAGAGGAAGCUCCUAAAGCAGAAGAGGCAACGUAGAACUUCAAGGGAAAAUACUGAGACUGUUUUGAUUCCAGCAACGUGGACUACAGAGAGACAGUGACUGGAUGCAAACUGCAGAUUUAUUUAAGAACAGAGUAGAGGAUUCAGUAAAGAAAUAUGGCUGAAGCUGGUCAAACAGCACUAAAGUCCUUGAAAUCCUUUAGUUUUUAUCCAGCAAUUGGAGUGUGGUGGUUACUGUGGGUCAAGUCUGCAUAACUGACAUUUUAAAGUUUACCUAAACAGCUGAAUGGAAGUCCAGGAUCAAUGUUGCUGCAGAAGGUUACUUGUCACUAAAACCAAUUUCUUAUUUAAGUAUACAGUCACAUAUGAAUAAACCAUGUCAACUCAACUGUUUCUCAGUCUUUACAUGAAAGAAUUCAAGAAAUUGUUGAAAAACAUGUACAAGUUGAAAUUAAAACUGUUAUCUUAAGGCUCAUGAGGAGUUUCGGUUGGAUAUAAAAAAUACACUAAAGUUAAGAUUGA